AUGACUAACAUACGCGGACUCCGAUUCUCGUUAGGGUUCUGGUUUGACAUUUUGCUGCGGGUGUUUCUGGCAGUAUUAUUCGUGGAGCUAGAAAAAGUAGAACCAUUUACGAGAAAGAUUCACGAAGAUGAGCUAUGGUUGUAUAGAAAUCCAAGAACGGAAUCUUUUGUCCCAACUACAGUAUUAUGGCCCCUUGUAUUUAUGAUGCCGAUCGUCGUUAUUUGCUUUUUUUUCUUAAUGCACAAAGAUAAAAUCGAUCUUCAACAGUCAGUAUUGUCUAUUACAUUAGCCCUAGGAAUUAAUGGUCUCAUUACAGACAUUUUAAAACUUAUAGUAGGUCGUCCAAGGCCAGAUUUCUUCUGGCGGUGUUUUCCAGAUGGACAAAUGAAUCCAGGAUUUAAAUGUACUGGAGAUCCGAUUGUCGUUAGAGAUGGAAAGAAGUCAUUCCCAAGCGGACAUUCCUCGUUUGCGUUCGCCAGUUUCGGCUUCAUCGCCUUGUAUUUAGCCGGAAAGUUACACACAUUCAGCUUAGCGGGAAAAGGACAAUCGUGGAAACUGUGCACGUUCCUUUUGCCGCUUUGUGUCGCUCUUACUAUCGCGUUAAGCAGAACGUGCGACUAUCACCAUCACUGGCAAGACGUGGUAAUAGGUUCGGUAAUAGGCUACUGCUUAACAUAUAUCUGCUAUAGACAUUAUUAUCCUCCAUUAGAUUCGCCAUAUUGCGACAAACCAUACGUUGCGCUUACGUUACAAGUUCAGUCAAACACAGUUAAAUCUAACAAGGACGAACAAAUUAAGUGGAUAUAAAGAAAUCAAAAUUAUUAUUCGUUUCGUAAAUAAUAUUUUAAACUUUAAUUAAAAUUUUUGAGAAUUGUAUAUUUUGUGUACCUAUAUAUAUAUACAUAUAUAUGUAUAUAUAUCUCCCUGAAAGAAAAAAUAAAUGUACGUCUAUACAGAAACAAAUUCGGAUAUGUUAAAACUUA